CCUCCACUUCGCAUCUCUCAAAAGUUUGCGUUUGUGCGCAUUAUCUCGUCUCUUCUCAUACUUGACACAAGAAGGGUGCUGGGUGGCUUCUAGCUCGAGUGAGCUCGAUAUAGCGCUCGCUUGGGCCUGCUUGCAUGGCUUGACCAGUCAGCAGUGUAAGCCAUGUCAGUCCUCCCUUCCCAAAGCUCGGUCGUCUACGAGCUCGAUCACCACCGGUAUGAUCUUCGUCAGCUAGAGAAGGCUGUGAGGGAUACUUUGAGGAUUCGCACAGCCUUAGGGGCUCCCCCGCCUACUGCAUCCACUUCGAGCUUGGACACUUCCCUGUUCCACUUGUCGACACUCAACCUCGACUUUGCGCUCCGACCUCCAGAACCCUGGGAACAGAGGUACAAUGCCCCUCCGCGAGCCAACCCAGCCCACGAGAUGUUCGACCUCAUGCGGACGUCCCUCUCGACGGCGAUUGAUCCCAUGACACCUCUAACGCUACAGCCACCCACGCGUGGUCUUAUUGAUGCGGGCAAAAACGAGGGAUACUACUCUUAUCAACGAGGGCUCGUCAAUGUCCUCCUUCACCCCUUGUACCAGCCCAGGCCCAUUUUGAGAAUCAAGGAUCUACCUGUCCAAGCCGCAAAAGAGUGGAUGCCGCAUUCGUCAGCCCAGGACAUGCAACAUUGGCUGACUGCCAUUCUCGCUUUGGACCCAGACCUAUCCCCGUCGAGAAAAGUCAAAUACAGGGACUCUCUGAAGAGGUUCUUCAUGGAGACGGAGGUCAAGAUCUGCUGGGUUCCAGAUGGAGAAGGUGCAGGAUCCGGCAUAGAAAUCAAGAUCCUCGUUACAGUCGAGGUCUUUGCGGAUUGGAAAGCUAUCACGACGCCACUCCCCGAGAUUGGGAGAGACAUGCUAGGCUUGAUCUUACACUCCCUGAUCCCUAGUCCCACACCAUCGAGACAGCUUUCCGAGUCUAAAGCCCGAGCUCAAGCCCUCCAAUAUUUCUUCACGUGCCUUCAGCCCGCUCCAGAUCACCCACUGCAUUUUAAUGCCAGCAGUCUUCAACCGGCAGAAAUGAAGUCUUCCCUUCUGCCUUUUCAGGCCCGCACACUCCGUCUACUGUUGCAGAGAGAGGGCUCAAAUAUCGUUCCUCCACUCCCUCAGCAAGCAAACCAAGAUCCGAGAGGAUUUUGGGAAACCUACGAUAUUGAAGGACAUGGUCAGAUUGCUUUCAGAAGAACCACUGGCGAUAUUGUGCACACCGCUCGAGACGAAUCAGACCAGGGCAAAGGGAAGGCGGUCGACAAGAACAUCAUUCAAUCUGCCAAAUUGCCUUGCGUGGUAGAUCUGUCUAAUGUUCAGGGGACCAUGCUCUGUGAGGAGAUGGGACUCGGCAAAACCAUCGAAGCCAUGGCUUUGGUGAUGCUCCACGCACAUCCUCGGUCGAUUCCACGAACAACCAAUUCUCACCUCUCGAUCGCCAAUGCUGUCAAGGUUGAGAUUCCGGCGGGGCAUGAGAUGGUUGAUGACCAAGCCGGAAUUGUGCCUGUGAUCGACCUCUUGAGAGGCGCUCCGCUGCCAGAGGACAGGGACAGCGCCAUGGAGUAUGCUGAAUGGUUAGCAGCUGAGAAGGAGGCUUUUGAAGGCGCCACAGCUUGGGACGAGGAGGCAAAGCUCAGUGUCACCGAGGUUGGCGCCACCUUGAUUGUCACCCCUCCUUCGCUGCUCAAACAAUGGGUAUCAGAAAUGCGGCGACAUGCUCCUGAACUCCGGGUGUGUGUUUACGAGGGAUGGAAGUCGUUGCAGAAGGGUAUAGGCAAAACUCGAGCCGCCAGGAUCAAGGCCAGAGAAGCUAAAUCUGCCAAGCGGAAGCUUGCAGAGUAUAUGAAAGUCAAGGCAAAAUACAGGAAGUCAAACAGGGGAUCCCGAGUCAAGAAGGAUCCUGAUGAAGAGACGUCCGAAGACGAAGAGGAAGAGCAGGACGAUGACGAGGAGACCUCGCUGCAUUUCUGUCAGCGCAAGUUCGUCGAAUACGUCAGAGCUCACGAUGUGGUGGUGACAACAUAUAAUGAUUUAUCUUCCGAUCUCAAGGUGGCUCUGCCGGCGCCUCCGCGCGCUCGACGAACGAAUGCCGCGUAUGGACUAGAAGAGAGACCUAGGAGCCCGCUAGUCAUGGUCGAGUGGUGGAGGGUCAUCAUGGACGAGGUCCAGCUACAUGGUGAUUCAUCGGAUGCUGCCAACAUGGUAUCUCUCAUUCCCCGACGGCACUCCCUCGCUGUCUCCGGAACCCCAGCGAGAAAUGACAUUAAAGAUCUCAUGGGAUCGCUCAAAUUCUUGCGUGUACCAGUCAUUCCCAAAGAUAAUCGCCUGUGGCAUCGACUUCAGCAACCCUCCAUGCGCUUCUCUUUCGAAGGCUUGUUCCAGUCUCUAGCUGUUCGAACAACCAAGAAAGCGGUGGCUGGCGAGUUUAAUCUGCCCCGUCAAUCUCGAUACGUCGUUCCAAUCGAGCUUUCACCUGUCGAGGUGGCCUAUUACAAUGACACACUCGACCGUCAGCGCGAGCUUCUUCACUUACCUCACGAUGAUAUAGCGGUCCGAGAUCCGGACUGGGUAUUAGACAGAGCUUUGUUUCGCUCCUGUCUCGUUCAUCUGAGGCAAAUUUGCACCCAUUUGCAGGUUGGUCAACUCAACGCAGGACCUGGAAUCCGCGCCGAACGUCUCAAUUUGGGUCGUCAGCUCAUGACCAUGACGGAAGCGCUUGACAAGAUGAAGAAUGAUCAUUCUCAGGAAUUCAUCAGCGAAUCCAGAGCUCAGAUGCGUCUGAUGAUCAGGAAGGCCCAAUUGAUGAUGCUGAAAGAGGAUGACGAUACCCGAUUCGACAACGCAUGUUUGCAAUACACUAAAGUACGGGAGAGAAUCAAUGCGCAGAUUGGACCAAUGCGGCAGCAUCUUGUGCAGCUUCUAGCGAAUCGUCGCGCUGGACGGGACGAAGGCGGCUCCUCGGUGGAUAGUGAUGACGAGGAUGUCCGAGAUCGAGGGCUUUCGCAGCAUCAGCGUGAGGCUGUCGCAACUAUUAAUGCGGCAAGGCAGAGUGUUCGUGAGACCCUCUUGAUCGAGCACCAGUGUUGGUUCUUUGAGGGCGACGUGCAUCAUAUCCGAAAAGAGGUUGAGGCAGAGACCGAUUGCUAUGAGAAGGCGGAAGCUGUACGACGGGAACUGUUGAGCAACCCUCUGCGGGUUGCCAAUUCUUCUGUCGACCGGCUCGAGAAGCAAUUGAGCAAAGAGAAAGCAAUCAGGCACGCUUCGGAUUUGCAGGACAAGAACACCUCGAUGCCGAGUGGCAUCUUCUCACAGGACGCCGUGUCCCAGGCGAAUUCUUUGGUCAAGAUUCUCAAUGGACAGGCUGAGCUUGUCUAUGCUUGGCGAAACAAAAUCAUUGCUGCCCUCUCUGCGAAGAUCGAAUCUGAAGCCACGGACCCGCAAAGUGGACCAGAUGUCGAAGAUCCAGAAAAGGAGUAUUACGCUGAAGCUCUCAACGCUCAGGGAGAGAUCGAGGCACUACUUAACGCGUACGCUGCAGUCAUAGCAGAUCGAAGAGAAUUCCUGCUUGAGGAGAGAAGUCUGCUAGCAGAGCACGAUGACCGAGGCAAGAAGACACGGACGACGGUCGCCGCGAAGCAAGCUCAGGAGGAUGUCGAAGAGGAAGCUCAAGGGGAGAUCGAAGAGCAGACUGCUGCUCUCAUGCAGGAGAGACAGGCGUUUCGAAAGGCAAGAGAUAUCAAGCAAUGCAAAAGGCCCAUGAAAGGCCUGCUGAUCGACUUGAAUGCCAUCGCUCGGGGAGACUAUCGAGCAGAGGAAUUGGCAAUAGCCCGAUCUGCCGCGACUCAUAUCAAGAAUUACAUUGAACGACAAGUGCUUUACGUCAAAUCGCUUAGUUCCGAGCUUGAUUCUUUCCGAGAGCUGUUCAACCGCCGAGUGUUGUACUUCAAGGCUUUGCAAGAGAUCUCCGAUCUGGUAACCGCGCCAGAGACCAAGGAUGUGAACAGAGACAUCCUCGAUUGCACGAAGGACAUUGCCGAUUUGGAGGUGAAGCUUGGUCGAAUGGUCGUCAAGGGCCGUUAUCUGCAGUAUCUGGGAACAAAGACCGGUGAUCAGGAUGAUGAACUGAGAGAUGACUGUAUCAUCUGCAUGGGGUCGUCUGAUGACUCUAAGGGAGUCUUGCUGGAGUGUGGACACUUCUUCUGUCAAUCGUGCUUCAAAGAAUAUAGGAAGUCGAUGAUGGGCCGCAAGUGUCCUUCCUGUCGUGCAGAGAUCGACACAAGGGCCAUUAAAAAUGUCAAAUUGGCCGGUGCCGCCCCAAUGAAGUCACAAGAAGGAAAUCCAGCUCUUGGAGCGACUUCUUCCAUGGACGAUAUCCCGGCAAGUCAAGAAGCUGAGCAAUCCGUUGGAGUCUCUGAUGCGGAGACCGAACGUCAACGACGUCAAGACGAUUUGGCGCAGCUGAAAUACGUUGAUCUGUCGCUUCUGCGGGAGGUAAACUCCAUUGAUAUGAUGGGAGAGUAUGGCUCCAAGAUCAAUUUUCUGGUCAAGCAUUUGAUGUGGUUUCUUGCCCGCGAGCCAGAAACUCGUCAUGUCAUCUUCUCCAAUUGGUCAGACUCUAUGAGGAUCGUUGAGAGAGCUCUGCGCGAGAAUCGAAUCUCGUACACCUCUUUUGACCAAGGUACCAAGACGAAAGACGUGGUCGAUCAAUUCAUCCGGCAUGCUGAUAUCUCCGUGUUCCUCCUCCACGCGGAGCGAGAGAGUUCUGGUCUGACUUUGACUUCUUGUCGGGUUGUGCAUUUGCUUGAACCUGUUCUACAACACUCCUUUGAGCUUCAAGCUAUUGGAAGGGUCGAUCGCCUUGGCCAGAAGAGAGAGACGGAAGUGUAUUGUUACGCCACCCUUGAGACUGUCGAAUCUCGAAUCCUCUCUCAAGGUGUUCGUAACGGGACCAGCAUUUACCUGAAGGACGAAGACGCCGACACUGUGGUAGCGAGUAUGCCCAAUGUCGUCAGCUCGGCCCACAAGGGCGGCGACUUGUUUACCGGGAACGAAGAAGAAUUGUUGAAAUUGAUAUUGUGAUAUAAUCCUAGACCCAGCCCUCCUUGUUGUACAUCCUCAUUUGAACCCAGUUGGAGACCCAUGAUAGCAUGACUCGGAGCUCCCAUG